AUGGCCUUGAUGGAGUCAGCAGCUCGAGCAGUUCCGCUGAACGAAAAUUACAACGCACCCAAACCAAGCCCCCAGGGCCAGCCAGGCAGGCCUCUAGGGGCACAGCUCUGCAGAUGGAAACGUCAAAUCCUAGGCCUUGGGGUCGUGACGGUGACUUUCCUCAUUUGUUGGCAGAACAGGUCCUUUGAAUGGCCUCAAGCUCCACGGGAUGUGUCUAGCCAGUCUUUUGGACUGCCUGGACACCUGGCUGGAGUGAAUCUGGGUGGCUGGUUGUGCUUGGAGGAUUGGUUCUACUCGGGUGACUCGGGCACGCAUGUUUCAACCAUGGACCAAGACGUCCAAGGCCGUUGUUUACCUCCAGCGGUCAGCUCAAUGCCUUGGACCUCUGAAGGCAAUCUCACGUUUGAACUCAACAAGACGAAGGGCUACAACUUUACUAUCCAAGCCUUCACUUCCCACCGACAUUCUUUCAUCGGUGAGCGAGAUUUAUCGGCCAUAUCUUCCUUGGGCCUACAGAUGGUACGUUUGCCCAUCACCUGGGCAGCAUUUGCAGAUGCACUGGCACCUUUGGAUCAGAAUGUCUAUGGUUCCCACAAUCCUUUCAAUGAGACCAUCCUUGUGCCGGAUCCCUUCUAUGUGGAUCGUGCAGCCUUUGCCACCAUCCCACGAGAUUGGUUGGCCCAGUUCUUGGUCCGUUGCUCAAGGCAUGGCAUUCGCGUCUUGAUUGAUCUGCACGCGUUUCCGGGAGGUUCUUCGCAAGGCACUUACAAUGGCGUUUGGCCUAACAAGCCCGCCUUUUGGAAGAACAAGAGCCAGCUGGGCAAAACCAAUCUUUCGCAAGUCGGCUUGUGGAUAGUCAGUGCAGCAGUGAAAUGGCUGGAAGACUUGAGUGAGGAAGCGAAAGCAGGCUUGGUGGGAAUUACGCUGAUGAACGAACCUGCCCACCUGAACUCUGGGUUGCACUUUGCAGAGGAAGACGAUGUCUUGAAGUGGCUGGCCGACGCGGCUCAAAUCUUCCGUAUUUCCAGCCUACCUCAGGAGGGGAAGAAAUUGUACAUGCAGAUGAUCGACACUGCAUUCCAGAACUUUACCCACACCGUGGUGCCGUGGUUCUUCGACACUUUCUCCGAUUCAGAGCGAUUCAGUUGGGUGGUGGCAGAUCAGCAUUGGUACACUGCUUGGGAUUCGAAGAAUUGCGAUAUGCGAACAGAUGAAGCUGGUGGACUCACUUGUGACACACCAUUGGAGACCAUCAGGCCGAAGAUGCAGAAGUGCGUUUUUUCUUUCGCACAGAAGUUCCAGCAGCAAUUUGGGAUGCAGAUGGCCGUGAGCGAAUUCUCUGCAGGGACGAGUGAGGCGGCCCUAUUUGCUUGCCAAGAUCGAGACGUGCUUCGGGCGUUCUUGCAAGAACAAUUGAGUGCUUGGGAUGCCGUGGGCCUGCAGGGUUUUUUCUGGAGUUGGCGCAUGCCCUAUGGCAAGAUCUUUGAACGUGGAUGGAGUCUUCGAUGGUUGGCAGGUGUGAUGAAAGCCUUGCUUUUUCACGUCCACAAUUGGUUUGGAAUAUCCAAGCUUUUGCAGGAUGUGCACAAAGUGGGUGCCAAAAGCCAUAAUGAAGCAGUUCGCUGGACUUGCAUGCAGAUCAUUGGAGAGCUGUGCCGGGCAGCACCAAUUGUGGCAGUGCCUACAGACGGAGAAGGUCACAAUGACUUGGGCGACUGGUGCGAGUGCCUGGCACUGCUGCUUCCCCGUGUGGGUGACAGUUCAAAGGCUGUGGCUUCUGCGAGCAUCGACUGUAUGCAGCAACUUCUGGCACGAUGCGAAUUCACGGCCACCCUUCGAGUGGGCUCGCUUGAAGAGUACCUUACUCUGCCACAGGACACUUCGGCUUUGCUGGAUGAGAUAGACGUAGAGUUCUCAGGUGUGACACCCUUGAAAGAAGAAAGUGAAGAGCUUCGGGGUGAUCCGGCUCCCGUCUCCCAACAGCUGGUGGGCAGCUUGCUACAGCGUCUACCACAGGUCAUGCCUGCAAUGGUGCAACAGUUGAUGCCAGCAAUGCAUGACGUUGACAGCCAUGCAGCUAUGACGGGGGUUGAUGCCAUGCACUUGCUGCUGCGCUCCUGUGAGCUCACUGUAGAGGCCACUGCGAAUAUCGUGAGCAGCAUCUUCGAAGAGGUCGAGAAAGUGCGACACAGCUCCGUCCGGCAGCUGGUGCUCUCCUGCAUCAAGGUUUUGGCAAUGCACCACUUCGACAUAGUGAUAGAGGAGCUUUUAGAGACUGGCCCCGACUUCAACAUGUCCAUCAUGGGUGCCUUGCAGGUGGGAAAGCCGCGGGGGCUUUUCCAGACACAUGCCUUGGACAUCCAGCGAAAUUUCAUGGGGAUGUAA